CAACAAAAAUGGAAAAUGAGGACACAAAGAAAAUGCAAGAAAUGAAAACUGACCUGGAUUUAUUAUUGGAGUGUCUGAAAUAUCAAAUGGACAAUUCUAUUUCACAGAAGGAAGCUUUAGUUACUAUUCAUUCAAUUUGUCAGCAAAACAGUGAUGCAGGUGUUUAUUUUCGGGAAAUUGGUGGUCUGAUAUUUGUAAAAAACCUUGCAAAGUCAAGUGAACAUAGUAUGGUUAAAGAAGCAGCAUUAUUUACAUUAGGUGCUCUUGCAGAAGAAAAUGUUUACAGCCAGCAAACUUUGUGUACUUCAGAUUUAUUUGAAGACUUAAUUUUGUUCUUAUCUAAUGAUGAUUCAAACACAAAUUUAAAAAGAAUGUCUGUCUAUGUUAUUUUGGUCCUGGUUUCAAAUAAUAGAUGUGGACAAACACUUGUGAGAGAAACAGGUUGUAUUACUGUUCUGUCAGAAUUGUUCAGGACAAUUCUUUCAAAACAUGAGUUGAAUUUGUUAGAUAAUAAGGUUUUCCAGAAUUAUCAGUUGUGGUCUUCAGUGUGUAGUGCUCUAUGUGCCUGUGUCAACAAUCCUCAAAAUGAUGAGAAUCAAACAUUUUGCUGUUCACUUUUUCCAUAUGCUAAUGAUUGGCUAAUAUCUUGCAUGAAACCUGAGAUAAUUCGCCCCCUCUGCUCAUUUAUUGGACUUACGCUAGCAAAUAAUACAUAUGUUCAGAAAUACUUUGUGUCUGUGGGUGGAUUGGAGGUAUUGUCUCAAGUUCUUGUGCACCUGGAAUCUGACUCAUACAAAACUGUUUCCAAUGCUAAGCUUGCAGUGGUGGUGACAAAAACAAUGGAUGCAUGUAUUGCUGAUAAUCCUACUUUUAGGGUAAUAGUAUCCAAAUACCACAUAGUUUCAAGACUUCUGGCAUUACUGUCUCAUGAAAGUCUUGAUUUAGAAGAAAAAUUUAGCAUCAUACUUACUCUUGGGCAUUGCACUGAGGAUUGUGAGGAAAAUCAGUAUGACCUUUUUAAAAACAAUGGGCUUCCACUCAUGAUACAAGCCUUAACUGAUUCUCAGAAUGAGGAACUACACAAGGCUGCCACAUUUGUGCUUCACAACUGCAGAAAAACUACUGAGAAGUUAUCGCUAAAUGUACGAGGAUAUUCUUUUGAUGAAAAUGAAGCAAAACAAUUAAAGGACACAAAUGCGAAAGAAAAGAAUCUUGAAGAGUACUGGAAAACAGCAAAGGAAAUUCUGCGCAAAAUAGAACAGCUUGAAAGAGAAGAAAAUGAGGAAGAAAUUCAAAGAAGAAGCUAUGAGAAUAUGCCAUUUAUGAACAAGGAGAACAUACUGAAACACCUCCAUUCAGGUAGUACUGGAGAUGCCAAAGCAGAAGAAGAUAAGAAUAAAAACCAGCCUGGACCGUUUCAGAGUUCUCCAUCUGUUGAUGUCACAUCUAAGGCUUGUACCACUGAUAACCGAGUGAAGACUCUGUUAAAGAGUACACAUCCAUUUAGUGGACAAAAGAUGACUUUACGUAAAGUCAGUUCCAGCUGCAAUCAAGGUUUACAUGAGAAAACAACUUUUGACAAAAAGAAUUUUGUUUAUAAAUCAAGUGACCGUGUUUUUAAAUAUCCAACUCAUGUUGUUAGAAAUAAAAAGCAGCAUUCGCCAGUAACAGAUCCAUUUACAUUAUGCUCAGACAUAAUAAAUAAAGAAGUUCUCAGUUUUCAAGCAGCUGACAGUUGUACCAAAAUAUUGAAGUAUAGGUGCUCAGGUUGCAUAUCAGUAGGAAAACCUCUAAAUAGUCGAAAUUUUAGCAAGCUCUUGCGUGCUUGUCCAUACCAAUGUGAUCGACACAAAGUCAUUGUGGAAGCUGAAGACAGAUAUAAAAGUGAACUAAGGAAAUCAUUUAUCUGUAACAAAAAAAUUCUGCUGACCCCAUGUAGAAGACAACAACUCAGUAGCAAAUCUGCUAUCCCUGGAAAAAUAAAUGAACAUAUUUAAUUUUUAAGUCAGCUUAAAUAUCACAGACUUCUAAAAAAGAUGUACUUGUUUUUAGUUCUCACCAUCAAUAGCUCUUUCUGUGAUAACCCUUGGCUCUAAUGAAGAUUAUAUUUCCUAAGAAAAGAGGCAUCUCCCAUUUGUUUGUUCACUUGCUGUCUGCCAUCUGGAAAGCAGCAGGAGGAAAACUACCUUUAUUAAGUACCUACUAUGUGUUAGGUGUCUUAUAAAAGUUGUUGCCUCUAAUUCUUAUAAGUUAGAAAUAGCAUAACUUAGAUUCAUUACAAGCUUUUUCUAGAAACCCUCAUUGUAUUGUCUGGAUCAAUUCAUAUUUUCAGAACAAAUUUUCCAUGUACAAGUACUCCAGAGAGACUUUUGAUCAUAACUCCAAUGUGUCAAACAGUCAAAAUUGAAGCAAAAAAGUGCUUCUUAAAUAACUUAUUGAAAUUUUAAUUUAACUGUAGGGUUAAGACUUCAGGCUUAUCACCAUUCCAGAUUUAUCAGAGAGUUUGAGAACCUUAACAUUUUCUUCUAAUCAUCUGAAGUUAAUACUAACUACAGGAGUAGGAAUAAACAAUUGAGUACAUUACUUGUCAGAGUCAUCAGAAAUGAGUAACAUCAAAUGGGAGAAAAUGAAGGAGGAGGUAACAUUUAGAAAACAAAUGUUCUCAUUACCUUACUUAUGUAACUAUAACC